AGUUUUAUUUCUUGAUUCCUGGUAAAGAACUUGUGAAUGGCUUGAUUUUUCUGAAUGAUGACAGCAAAUGUGUUCAGAUGGCAGAUUAUGUGGCUGUUGGUGCUGUUGCAGAUGUAUAUGUAGAGUACCAUGGAGAACAAGAUAGUGCUGACAGUAGUAGUGGCAGUGAUUUUGAGGAUGAGAUAGUUUCAUUGACAGAUUGUGAACCUGAUGUUGUGAUCACAGCUGCAGAGCCUGCUGAAUCUGACACUUAUUUGCUUAUCACUGAUGAAACAGGUGUGGUCAGAGAAGUUAUUAGCAGCCCACAGAAGCAUAGAACAAGCAGUGGAAGGCCACAGAAGCAUACAGUUGCAGGGCAUGACAAUGUUGCUACAGCAGGGCAUGACAAUGUUGCUGCAGGGCAUGAUGUUGUUGCAACAGGGCAUGACAAUGUUACUGAAGGACCUUUUUCUCAAGUGCUUGAUCCAAGUCAACACACAGUUGCUGCAGGGCAUGAUGUUGCUGCACCAGAGCAUGAUUCUGCUUCUGAUUCAGACAGUGACUUUGUGUACAUUCCACACAGUGAUGACAGUGGAGAAGAUUCAGAGGUUGUGGAGCUAAGGAGACAUGCCAGAAAGUUCAAGAAAAGAAUGAGAGAUAGCAAGAGCUGGAUUGGAAGUGAUGCAACAAGUGCAGUACCAAUUGACCUUAUUGCCAACAUGGAGCAACAAAUAGAAGCAAAACAAGAUGACUGGAAGUAUGAUUCUUCUGAUGAGGACUAUAGCUAUGAUGAAGAUUCAGAUGGAGAGUUAGUGAAGAGAAAGAGCCAGUUCAUCAGGUAUAACAAUGACACUGAGAUACCACAUUUUGCAUUGAGCAUGGUUUUUAGAAGCAAGAACCAAUUCUGCAAAGCUUUGAGAAGAUAUGGUCUGGUUACUAAGAGGAGUAUCAGAUUCAUUAAAUCAGAGAGUGAUAGAGUGAGGGCCAAGUGUGGAUGGGAUGGUUGCCCCUGGCUCAUAUAUGCAGCAAAAAGGUCAAGAACAGCAAGAUUUCAAGUUAUCACUUUCAAUGAUCAUCAUGAAUGUGCACAAAACAGAGUCAACAAGCUUGUGACAGCAAAGUUGGUUGCACAGAGGUAUGAGCAUUUCAUACUAGCUAAUCCUAUGUGGAAAAUAGAGAGCAUGAAGAAGAAGAAUGCACAUCUCACUAAAACUACCAAGAAAAACAGCAGAAAUGAGCAAGCAUCAGGUUCUGGAACUGCCCCUCAAGCACAAGCAUCUGGUUCUGCAACUGCAUCAGCUUCUGCAACUGCAUCAACUUCUGCAACUGCAUCAGCUAGAACAACUACAGUUCCACAAGCUUCUGCACCUGGUACCAAGGCCAGCAGGUUCAAGCCACCAAGAAAAAGAGUGGCAACUACUGAAGCAGGACCAUCUACUUCUGGAGUGACAGGAAGAGGAGCAAAGAGGGGAAGAAGGAAAGCUGCAUCAUCAAUUCCAAGUUACAGCUACUUCACUUGCAGUGGGAACUACUAGUUGUGGCUGCAGCUACCUCUGUAGUACAUGGUGUUGCAAUAUUAUGUAUAAUGUUAUAUUGCAAACAUCUAUUUUGUGAAAUCCUGAAUACAGACAUGUAUCAGGUUAUGGAUGUUAUGGAUGUUAUGGAUGAUAUGCUCUCUGGAUAUUUAUGCUAUGGAUGUUACGGCAAUAUUUAUGCUUCCAUUAUUCAAAGGAAUUCCUUAUUCAAA